CCCAAACACACACAGUCUUCUCUCCUCCUCUUCCUGCUCCUCCUUCUGUCUCACAUACUCUCUCAUUCAGCAGACAGAACAGGAGACUCUGCCUCUCUUUGCCUCUUCUUCAUCCUUUUAAGGCAUUUUAUUACACCCUCAGCUCACCUCUUCAGGUUCAGGUAAAGUUUCUCUGGUUUCAACAGAUGAGCAGACAGCGGAAUGAAAAAGACUAAACUAAAACACAAGAGGUUGCGGUGAACACCUGACAAAGAUGGACCUGCUGACGAUCUUCUGUCACCUCCUGCUUUUGUUUUUUGAUCCAUCCGCAACCACGAGCCUCAUUACAGCAGAUAUAUUCGAAGCCAGAGGUCAACGUGUGUGCAAGGCAGGGAAAGGGAGGCCGUGCUACAAGCUGGCCUAUUUCUCCGAGCUCCGGCGGCGGCUAAACUUCGUGGAGGCAGAGCUCGCCUGUAGACGGGACGGCGGGCAGCUGCUGAGCGUGGAGUCAGCAUCCGAGCAGAAGAUUGUAGAGCAGCUCAUCACAGAGCUUCGCCCGACUGAUGGAGACUUCUGGAUCGGUCUCCGCCGUAACCAUGGAAACGAGGACAGCAGCUCAGACUGCUCCUCACAGUACUACUGGCUGGACGGCAGCAAGUCUACAUUUAGGAACUGGCAUUGGGAUGAGCCAUCAUGCGGCUACGAGGUGUGUGUGGUGAUGUAUCACCAACCGUCCGCUCCUCCCGGUCUGGGGGGGCUUUACAUGUUCCAGUGGAACGACGACAAUUGCGAAACCAAGAACAACUUCAUCUGCAAAUACACUGCAGAGAAGCCACAGGACCCUUCCCCUUCUCCCAACUCCACUCAAACAAAUGUCUUCCCUUCAUCUGUGCUGCCGUGGAUUCCAAAUGACCACAACCAGGACAGACAUACAGCUUUUAAUUUGAUCUACAUCAUCAUUCCCACCAUUCCCCUGAUCCUGCUGUUACUGACGGUGAUUGGAGUGUGCUGCUUCAAAAUGCUUGUCAGACGAAAAAGGAGCCAGCAGAAAUCAGAAGUAUGCCAGACGGAGGCGGGCCUCUGCCCCAGCCCGGCUCCAACUGACGUCUACAACGUUAUUCGCUCCCAGAAGGAGGACGACUUGGUUUCAACUCGCCCAAACACCAAGAACACCUCCUUUUUAUGCUCCUCCCCCGACACCCCGACAGGUGACUACGACAACCUGGGGGGUCGGGACACAGAGAGCGGCUUUGUGACGCUUGCCAGCACCGAGAGCUGCUUCCUCAAUUAUGACCUCAACGACCUCAGCCUUGGACGUCGUGCCACCCGCGACUUCUACAACACCAGCUUGGGCCGCUCGGCCAAGAGGGACUUGAAUGACGGCGGUCUGGGCUGCACCGGGCACAGAGAGUUUUAUGACAGGAGUCUAGGUCGUCGUACGACAAAGAGUGAGCAUUACGGCAGCAGCGUGUACAGGGACCAUGGAUUGUAUGAUGGCAGUAUCAGGGGAGGGAGUGACCUCUAUGACCCCAAACUCAGGCCUGGAAGUCAAACAGUAAAGGCUGACCUCUAUCAGACAUACAUCACCAACGGCAAGGAAGACACUUACCAAACCAGCCUGGGAACCUACGGAAACCGAAAAUCCUACCAAGCAAAUCUGGACUGCUACAGAAAUGGUCUGAAUCUUGAUGGCGGAAGGAGAUACUUCAAUGAACAAGAAUGGAUCAACAGAGAAAACUACUGAUCCUCUGAACAACUCCUUUAUUGUGUAAACAGCAGUGUGUGUAAUUGAGGCCGGGACGACAGAACAGCAAAAAACUGUGCACGUACGUGGUUGUAAUUGUUUGUAUGGUAUGUUUCUGAAGCCUUUUAGGGGAUUUAUAUGAGAUGCUCAAAUUGUGUUUUGUCUCUACAAUUCAUCCUGUAGCCCGUCUGACUGUGUGACAAUUGGGUUGUGGUAAUCUAACACAAAUUUGAUUGGGAAUAUGAACUUGAAAUUAAAAGGAUCAGUUUACCCAAAUUAUUAUAAAAAAAAAAAAAAAAAAAUCUUGCAGCAUAGGUUCAGCAUUGAAGAAUUACAUUUAAAUAAUUCAACUGCAACAUCUUUCCAGAAACAAUGUUCAGGUUACUCUGAAUAAUCGACACACCUACAGUUUUCACUGUAAAUACUCUCAAGUGAAGUCUGUGGAUUAUCGGGGACAAUUUGCCUGGACAGGUAGGCUACUACUGUAGUGUUCGCAUCGCAAAUCUAAGCCCAUUCACCUUUACUAUAUUGGGGUGGUGAACCGUCACUUUAAAGGAGUCUUGAGAAUAGAUAUUAAAUAUGAACACACUAAAGCCUGUUUACAAGUCUUGGGGAAUACUACUGCAAAUGUGAUAAGUUAUACGUACGAAGCCUUUUGUGGCUCCAGAAGGAGCUGCAUAAAAUCUGAUAAAUUGCCCCAAGUGAUGUCACUGGAGUCAAUGUUGGUUGGUGAUGAAAACUACAAGUUUGAGAAAAGAAAAUAUGGGCAUGUGGAGUUAGACAGAACAAAGUGAUCUUACCAGACCCCUGUAGCCUGCUCCUCGUCUCUGCUUGAGGCUAGUGGCUCGAGGCUACUAGCAUAACACACGAAUCUCAGAUCAAACUGUUAAGGGUCAAGUUGCAUUGUGGGUAAUAUAGGCACUAUGUCAUGACCAUAGACUAUAUAUAAGAAAUGGACGUCUUCACCCUGACGUCACCCAUUGG